AUGGGCGACGUUCCUUCCUGCCCGCCUCUGACACGCUCGUCGGUCCAGACGGCCCACGAAGCGAUCAAGCAGCACAUCCAUCGCACUCCAACAAUAACAUGUGACACCAUCUCCCAUCUCGCCUCAACCCCUCAAAGUCCCGAAUCGCUCAAAGGAACGCCUUUCGCAGGCCGCACACCAUCCAAACCACGCAUCAACCUCUUCUUCAAAUGCGAGAACUACCAAAAGAUUGGCGCUUUCAAGGCGAGAGGUGCCUUCCACGCACUGAGUCGUCUGAGCAAGGAAGAGCUGAGCAAAGGCGUUGUUACGCAUAGUUCGGGCAACCACGCUCAGGCUCUUGCUCUGGCUGCUCGUACUCAUGGCAUUCCCGCCCACAUUGUCAUGCCUACCAUCAGUACACCGUCCAAGAUCGCUGCAACCAAAGGCUAUGGAGCCAAUGUCAUCUUCUCUGGUUCCACUUCCGAUGAAAGAGAGGCUGUCGUGGCCGACGUGAUACGAGACACUGGUGCUAUACUCGUGCCGCCAUACGACCACCCCAACAUCAUGCUCGGUCAAGGCACAUUGGCCCUCGAGCUGGAAGAGCAAGCUAAAGAACUGGACGAACGAGGACUGGAUGCUGUUGUAGCCCCUUGUGGUGGAGGCGGCAUGCUCUCUGGCGUUGCCACAGCUCUAUACGGUACUGGUAUCCGCGUCUUUGGUUCCGAGCCCAGCUUCGAAGGUGCCGAUGACGCGAAGCGAGGUGUCGAGUCAGGCACCCGUGUCGAAAAAGUGAAGACAUUAACCAUUGCUGAUGGUCUGAGAACACCUCUCGGUAAGAUUCCAUGGACCAUCAUCAGCGACAAAGAGAAGGUGAAGGGUAUGUACAGCGUUACCGAAGACCAGAUCAAGGCCGCUAUGCGCCUACUCUUGGAGAGAGCAAAAGUCUUUGUCGAACCGAGUGCGGCUGUACCUCUUGCCGUUGUUCUGUAUGAUGAAGACUUCAGAACUAUGGUCGAGAAAGAAGGGGGUGAACAAGGUUGGAACGUUGGUAUCGUUCUUUCCGGNGGAAACACCACCGUCGAAGCUAUCGCCAAACUCUUCCAGCCCAGCUCUGAACAGCAAGCAGAAAGACAAGAGUCAAAGCUGGGUAUGAAUGGCGAGAGAGUUGCUGAAAACGUUGCUGGCUAG